AUGGCACACCAAUUACGAGAAUCAUCCGCCGGUAUCGGAUUUCAUGACGGAAUAGAGAAGUUAGAACAACGCAUGAGUGUGCCAGAAAAGUGGGUCGAGCACACGGCCGCAAACUUGAAACGUUCACAGUCUGAACGUGCAGCCAGCCGGAAAAUACGUGAGGAUAUUGAGCAUUGUUUGAAUGCAGCCACAAACAAGAUGCGUGACGCUUGGGGAACGAGUAGUUCAGCAAUUGCGCAACGCGCUCAAGAGACCGCUGAGGCACGAAACCAGUUACAAGUUCAGCUGGCCAAGGUCAAUCAGGAAAUAUUUGAUAUCGAAUCCAGUAUGGAAUACCUGAAGAAAUGCAUCGAGGACAAACAAGGCCCAUUGAAAGUUACACAAACGCGAUUGGAUUUGCGCAAACGUCGACCGAAUAUUGAACUUUGUCGUGACGAAGCACAUAAUCGUCUGGUUCGUGAGGUGGACGAAUUGCAGGAGUCCGUUGAUCAAUUGAUUCGCCAGCUAGCUGCCAACCAAACCGCUCAUCAGGACUUGCUUCGCGCUCGAAGUCAGCUGGAAACGGAUUUGUCCGUGAAGUCGAACAGCCUGUUUAUCGAUCGGGAAAAGUGUUUGGGUUUGCGCAAAACCUUUCCGAUGGCUCCAUCUGUGAUCGUGCCUGCGUAA